AUGGCCGACUCGGAUUCUACUCUUGAAGCUGGCACCCAGAAGACUUCCGUGCUGGAGACGAAGAAAACUUCUGGAAAUGAGCCAAAACCUGCUGAUGGAAUUUCUGGAUUAUACGAAGGAAAUGUGUUCGAUGCAUCGCCAGACAGUCGCCGGCAGAUCGGGGUGAUCAGCGCAUCCAUGCUGAUCUUCAAUCGUGUCGUUGGAACUGGCAUUUUUGCGACGCCGAGCACCAUUUUGCAGCUGACAGGCAGUGUCGGGUUAUCUCUAUUCUUGUGGGUGAUUGGUACUGCCAUCGCGAUGGCCGGUACAGCAGUUUACCUUGAAUGGGGGACAGCCAUUCCUAAACGCGAGAAGAAUUAUCUCGAAUAUGUUUUCAGGAAACCUAGACUCCUAGCCACGGCCAUGUUCGCCGCGUACGCCUUCCUGCUAGGCUGGGCUGCCAGCAAUAGCGUCGUCUUUGGCAAGUAUAUUCUCAAUGCCGGUAAGAUCGAACCUGGUCGAUGGAAUCAGCGAGGCAUUGGCCUUGCAUGUCUUACGACCGCAUUCCUCAUUCAUGCGACUUCGCUCAAAUGGGGCAUUCGUCUUUUCAAUUUCCUAGGCGUCGUGAAGUUGAUUAUCAUGCUGUUUAUUAUUGUUACCGGCUGGGUAGCGGUAGCUGGUCAUACCAAGAUCAAACCACCGCAUAAUUUUACAAAUGCUUUUGAAGGUACUAAGGCGACAUAG